CAACUGGACUCGGACAACGAUGAAGCUUCUUCUGCUCGUGAGUUUCCUGAGUCUGUGGAGAAGAAGCGAUGGAACCGGUGCAGCCCCCAUCAACAAACUGCUGGUGAAAGAAGGGGAUGAUGUCACUCUACCAUGUUCCAUCAGCAGCAAGAACAUCAGGCAGGUUCUCUUCGACUGGAAGAAGGACAAGCGCCAGGAGGUGUUCAUGUACGAUAAGGGAAAAGUUUAUGAUAAGGGCGAUAACCGUCAGGACGAGCAGUUCAGAGGUCGCGUCUUUCAUUUCCCAGAACAUCUGGACGUGGGUAACGCCUCCAUAGUCAUCAGAGCCACCAAGUUGACUGACAGUGGAGACUACACCUGUUUAUUUCCACUUCUUCUUCCAGACAUCAUACAAUCAAACAUUGAGCUUGUUGUCGGAGCUGCUCCAAAACCAUCUGUCACAAUACUUGAUGGACCACCGGACUGGGCUCGGCUGAGAUGUGAGGUUCUUGGUGCGUCUCCAAAACCUGAUGUUCAGUGGCAGAACAGAGCUGGAGACAUUGUUCCUGCUGAAGAACCUCAGGUCUCUGAAAGAGAGGGGGGCAGAUACGACAUCAUCCUCCAAACGACUGUGAACAAGACCAACAACUAUCGCUGUGUCUCCACUCAGGAGGAGAUCAACCACCAGAUAUAUACUGAGAUCUUUGCACAGGUUCAUGGAGCUGCUCCAAAACCAUCUGUCUCAAUACUUGAUGGAACAACGGACUGGGCUCUGCUGCAGUGUGAGGUUCUUGGUGCGUUUCCAAAACCUGAUGUUCAGUGGCAGAACAGAGCUGGAGACAUUGUUCCUGCUGAAGAACCUCAGGUCUCUGAAAGAGGAGGCAGAUAUGACAUCAUCCUCCAAACGACUGUGACCAAGACCGACCACUAUCGCUGUGUCUCCACUCAGGAGGAGAUCAACCACCAGACUCAUGCUGAGAUCUUUGUGCUGCUGAACGGAGCAGUUCCAGAGCCGAACAUCAAGAUACUUGGUGAAACAAAGGAAGGAGUUCAGCUGCAGUGUUCUGUUCGAGGUGCGUCUCCAAAACCUGAUGUUCAUUGGCAGAACAGAGCUGGAGACAUUGUUCCUGCUGAAGAACCUCAGGUCUCUGAAAGAGGAGGCAGAUAUGAUAUCAUCCUCCAAACGACUGUGACCAAGACCGACAACUAUCGCUGUGUCUCCACUCAGGAGGAGAUCCACCACCAGACUCAUGCUGAGACAUAUGUCCAUGACAAUCUCUUCAAGGACAAGACCUCCCAUUGUACCAGUGUGCCCAUGGUUGUGAUAAUAACUAUUAUAGUAACUCUGGUUAUUCCACUUCUGGUGAUUGCACUUCUAGUAAAGACCAUCAUGAACCAGAGGAAAAACGCAAAGCAGAAAGGAUCAUCAACAGAAGUUCUCCCACUGAACGGUCAUCAGCUGAGUAACGGAUCCGGAUCUACAUAGACCACACUUUAGGGAAAUUCUGCAAUAAUGGUUCAUGACAUGAUUAUUUUUCACAAAAUUGGAAACCUGCAUUGUAUCUGUAUCAAUCAUAUCAUUUUUAAAAUGCCUGUAUUCACAAACCAAAGUUAGCGUCAUGGGGCUGAACAAGGUGAGACCUGCUUGAGCUGCUUCUGGACUCAUUUUUCUUAAAGUGGUCAGGCAAUUUAAAGCUUUAGUUCGGUGCAUAUUCAACUCCAUUAUUAAUCUGUUACAUUACAUUACAUUACAUGUCAUUUAGCUGACGCUUUUAUCCAAAGCGACUUACAUUUUUAGAACACUCAUCAUUUUUAUGAGGGGCCAUCUAGGGGUUCAGUAUCUUGCCAAGGACACUUAGGCAUGCAGAUGGGAUAGAGUGGGAUUCGAACCGGCAACCUUCUUAUUGCAGAGCACCCGCUCUAUCCCCUAGGCCACGCUCUCCCCACCUGUUAACACCAAGUAUUCUGCAGUAUCAUGUCUUCCUGAUAAAAUCAUGGUCAGCUGAGAGGAUGCUCACAAGAAGGUUGAUGGUUAGAUUCUAAGCACACGAGCUCAAUGCACAAGUAUUCUUGUAAAUGCAUGUUUACAUUUUCAUGGGACAAUAUUUAAAAGGGUACGUCAAUCUCGGAAAUGUGACUGCUACGAUAAACGGAGCCUUAAAUAUUUUUCUAUUUGAAUGAAUCCAACACUUGAUUUUAAAUCCGACUACACUUGGAUUCAUAGUUUAAACUCAAGGCAGUUCGAUCACCAGUCUGACCCAUCUGCAUGCCGAAGUGUCCUUGGGCAAGAUGCUGACCCCCGAGCUGCCCCUCGUAGAACAAUAAAGUGCUGCUGAUAGAUGCACUUUAUGAAUGGGUGAAUGUAAAACUGUACUGUAAAGCGCUUCGAGUCACCAAGACUACAAAAGUUCUUUAUAAAUACAAAGCCAUCUACUUGUUGUAAGUCGCUUUGGAUAAAAGCAUCUGCCAAAUUAAAUGAUGAGUCAGUGCCUUGAUGCAAUUUCCUCAAAUUUGGUGCAAAUAUCCAUUUUACUUCAGGAUGAACUUGACAUCUUAAGAUCAAUUUGAGGGAAAGUCUCAAAGAGGAGUUUGGUGCUUGAAGGUCUCGUCACUGUGACCUCAUGUUACUGUUUCAGCUGCCAUGUGACUCUUACUGGAAGAAAACAAAGAGUAUUUAGAGACUCAUUUCAUAUGUUUUUGUAAAGAUGCUAAAGUGAUUCUUAUUCCUUUGUACCUGCUCAACAUGUGACCAAAGCUUUUUACACUGUGACGUCUGCGAAAAUAAAAAACUGAGUGAGUCUUGAA